CACGAUUGACGAUACGCGACUGUCGUCCGAUAGCUACAAACAAAAUCAGUCAUGUUAUACAGUGAGAAAUUCGAUUUGAAAUUAAUGCAACUGGUGAAAGAAAAUCCAGUGCUUUAUGAUUAUAACUGCCCCAAUUACAUGGACUUUAAUGCUCGGACAGUCGUAUGGCAGAAAAUAAGUGAUGAAUUAAAAAAGCCCGCGGCAGAUUGCAAAACCAGAUGGGUGCACAUCCGUGAUGCAUACAGACGACUGCUUCGACUAUCCCAAAAACGUGGUCAACAUAGAGAAUAUAAAUAUGAAAAUUCGAUGUCGUUUAUGAGGCAGUACUUUAAAGAUGUAAAUUUUGUUGGAGAUCCAUGCGACGACGCGGUGAACUAUGAGUGUGAUUUCGCGACUGAAAGUGAACACUCUGCGGAACCUUUGAAGAAAAAACGUAAAAUGAAGAAAAUAAGGAAAAGAGAGUUUGUAGAUGUGCAUGAAUUUGAAACGGUGUCAUUCAAUGAUGCAUCCGAAUUUGACACAUCCGAUUCUAUCGAUGCAUUCUUACUCAGCAUUGGUGCGACUUUAAAGACAUUCUCUCCAUAUCAUUUAAAUAUUGCAAAGACUAAGAUAUUUUCAAUAGUACAGGAACACGAUUUGCAACAAAUUGUUCAACAGCAAGAGGAGGAAUCUAAUGUUGCUUCUACUCAAAUAAUAAUGGAACAACUAAAGUAAUAUAAAUAGUGUCAAUAUAAGGCUGAAGUCCAUAGUAAGGGUACUUGAUGUAGGAAAGGUUUUAAAUCUUUUCAUAGAACUCGCGUGCGUCUAGCACUAGAAAGCUAUGCAGGUCUAUAAUAAAAUUGAACAAAUACAAAAAAUGCUAAACUAUCAUUGACGCUGUUGUGUUUAUUUCGAAUGUAAAAUAAGCAGAAAUUUUUGAGCAAUUUGAUUCGCAUAUAAGAGUUAUUU